UUGCGGUUGCCUCAAUCAUUGACAAAUUACCAAAUUCUUGGAAAGAUACAAAACAUCUUUUAAAACAUAAAAAGGAAGACAUGUCCAUGGAGCAAUUAGGAACUCAUCUUCGUAUUGAAGAGGGGAUCCGGGCUCAAGAUGGGGUUAAGGAUACUACUCCUAGUAUUCCUAAAUCUACCGUUAAUUUGGUAGAGGUUGGUGGGUCUAGUAAGACCAAGAAAUCCAACAACAACAACAACAACAAAACCAAUGUUGCAAACAAGAAGAGGAAGACCCUCUCUUGUUGGAUAUGCAAUGGUCCUCAUCUUAAGAGGGAUUGUCCUUCUAACAACAAGAAGAAGACAAAGAACACACAACCUAGUGUUGUUCAAAACCAAGGUUGAUGAUUCUUGGUGGAUAGAUUCGGGAGCCUCUAGACAUGUGUGCAAUAACAAGGAUUUCUUCAAGUCUUUGAAAGAUUUGGAUGAUGGUCCAAUCUUGUAUAUGGGGAAUGAUUCUACGGUAAAGGCUAGAGGCAUAGGCCAAGUAGAAUUGUUGUUAACCUCGGGAAAGACUUUAACUCUCCGGGAUGUUGUGUAUGUACCGGAAGUUAGGAAGAAUCUUG